AUGAUAUUUUUUACAGAUUCUCCAAUCCUAGUAUACGUCCACGGAGGUUUCUGGCAGGAGCUAUCGCGGGCGAUAUCUCGGUACCCUGUGCUGCCGCUUUACCGCUCUCGGAUCAAGAUAAUUGUGGUUGGGUACGAUCUAUGCUCUUCCUUUACGCUGCCAGAAAUAGUGCAUCAGAUUGAAAAUGCCGCAAGAUUCGUGUUCGAGUACGCCGAGAAGAUGGGAUCAAGAGGCGUGUACUUUGCGGUUCACUCAGCCAGCGAGCACUUGGUAGCAAAGCUAUUAAGCAACGUCGAUUUUUUCGAGGACAAUCCAGGAUCGCAUCGGUUACAAGGAGCUUUCCUUAUAUCGAGUGUUAGUCCACACAUCUGUAAAUGA